AUGUGGAGCAAUGGGGGUCAAAGGUACCCCGACCUGUGGAGCAGCGGGGGUCAGAGGUACCCCGACCUGUGGAGCAGCGAGGGUCAGAGAUUCUCCCGACCUGUGGAGCUGCUGGGGCCUUACACAAAGACCAUUAGAGGAUUUCCAGACAUCAAACACUGCAAGAGUCCUCAGAUCACUCACCCAGUAAAGUUGUUCUGGCCCAAAUCGAGAUGCUUCGAUUAUCUGUACCAGGAUGCAGAGAUGCUUCUGCGCAACUACCCAGUCCAAGCAACCAUCUGCCUCUACGAAGACUCGAGCAGUGAUGAUGAUGAGGACGAUAGUGAUGAUGACGAUGAAGAAGACAGCGUGAAUGAGCUGAAUUUGUAAAAAUCCCUUUCUCUCCAAUUGAAAAAACACUGAAUGUAUAUUUUAAUAUGAAAUUAUAAUAUAUUGGUGCAUAAUUUAUUUUUUGUAAAUAUCUGUAAAUAUGCCAUAUGACUAACGAAUGACACAUUUGUUAGGGUA